ACCGCAGCAAUAUUAGGUACACUGGCAAUAUGAGGGAUUUGACGUUUUAGUCAUACCCCUGUUAUAAACAUCGUUUCCCAAAAGGGGAGCGCGAAGCUCAUUGCCGUCAACACGGAUUGUGUUUACAAACAAAAAAAUCGCUGACGAUAUCAGUUUGUGUGGUGUAGUGUUAUACCCAUUGGACGUUUUCAAAGGUUAAAAAAGAAGGAAUGGACAUGAAAUCACCAAACAUAGUUUCUGGAGAAGCUUCUGAAACAGAUGAGGAUGAAGACGAUAAUCAUGGAAAGGUUGUGAACAUUGGAACAGGACCGGAUGCUCCGCCUCCAAUUAGCAUCAGUAGCCCUUCUUUACCACAGCGGAAAUUAUCGCUUGUGUUUGGUGAAGAAGCAUUCGAUCAAACUUGUCUUUCAGCGGAAGAUAUCCAGCGGAUUCAAUUACGACGGAUGAUCAACGAGCGUUGCGUUUCUCUUUUGAACGAGUUCAUCCACACAACGGCCUCUUCCGUUUCGAGGCAACUGUCCGAAACCGACAAUUUACUGAUGAAAUCUCAGGUGGUGCUGCAAAAUACAACUAUGACCGUUAAGAGAAUUAAUUACGCAACGGAUCAAGUAGCGUCUAGAUUGCAAGAUAUUAUUUCGUCCAACUUCAUUCCAAAUAUUAAUAUAUAGUUAUGAAUAAUAAAAAAGUUUUAUCACAAGUGGCAGUCCUAUAGGAA